CGGCAGAGAGGAGCAGGGUGUGACUGGAGGACAUUCUCCGGUCACCCUAAUUUACAUUGGGGUGCAAGCCAGGCUAGUGGAGACUUCACAUUGAGAGAAAAGCUCAAGCCAGAGGAGAGGAGCCCUCUGCUGCUGCUCCAGGCUGUUCCUUGUUUCCACAGGUGGCCACCUCCCCUAGUGGAGCCUCAUGGACCCCACAGCAUCCCCGAGUGGGGAAGGAGCCCUGGGCUGCCCUGAGGACAGUAUCCGACUGGUGGAGACAUGCCUGCAGCUCUUCACAGUGACGGAUGCUCAGUUGCAGCAAAUCCAGGCGGCCCUCUUGGCUUCCAUGGAGCAGGCACUGCAAGACCCGGAGGGCCCUGCCUCUGCCGUUCGGAUGCUGCCCACCUACGUGGGCUCCAUCCCACAUGGCACUGAGCAAGGUGACUUUGUGGUGCUGGAGCUGGGAGCCACGGGGGCCUCCCUGCGGGUGCUGUGGGUGACCCUGACAGGCACGGAGGGGCCCAGGCUGGAGCCCCGGAGCCAGGAGUUUGUGAUCCCCCAGGAGGUGAUGCUGGGCCCUGGGCAGCAGCUCUUUGACUUCGCUGCUCGCUGCCUGUGUGAGUUCUUGGACACACUCCCCCUAUGCCAGCAGCCCCUGCAGCUGGGCUUCAGCUUCUCCUUCCCUUGUCACCAGACGGGCCUGGACAAGAGCACCCUCAUUUCCUGGACCAAAGGCUUCUGGUGCAGUGGCAUGGAAGGCCAGGAUGUUGUCCAGAUGCUGCGUGAUGCCAUUAGGAAGCAGGGGGCCUACAGCAUCGACGUGGUGGCUGUGGUCAACGACACAGUGGGCACCAUGAUGGGUGGCCAGCUGGGCCCUGGGCCAUGCGAAGUCGGACUGGUGGUCGACACGGGCACCAAUGCUUGCUACAUGGAGGAGGCGCGCCACGUGGCGGUGCUGGAUGAGGACCGUGGCCGUGUCUGUGUCAGCGUCGAGUGGGGCUCCUUCCAUGACGCCGGGGCCCUGGGCCCAUUGCUGACCACCUUUGACCAUGUGCUGGAUCACGGGUCCCUGAAUCCCGGGGCACAGAGAUUCGAGAAGAUGAUUGGGGGCCUGUACCUGGGGGAGCUGGUGCGCUUGGUGCUGGCUCACCUGACUGAACGCAGGGCCCUCUUUGGCGGCUGCCCUUCCCCUGCCCUGCUGUGCCCAGGCAGCAUCCUCCUAGAGCACCUGGCUGCGAUGGAGGACCCCUCAUCUGGGGAGGCUGGUGCACACGUACUCCUGCAAGACCUGGGCCUGAGCACAGGGAUGGUGGACGCCAAGCUGGUGCAGCAGGUGGGCUGGGCUGUGAGCACCCGGGCCGCCCGGCUCUGUGCCGCUGCCCUGUCUGCUGUCCUUGCCCGCCUCCAGCGUGGCCGGGAACUGCAGACGCUUCGGGUGGCUGUGGCCACGGGAGGCCAGGUGUUCGAGCGGCUGCCCAGGUUCCUCAGUGUCCUGCGGGAGACCGUGCAGCUGCUGGCCCCGCAGUGUGAGGUGUCCUUCACCCCCUCUGAGGAUGGGGGCGGCCGAGGUGUGGCUGUGGUGACUGCUGUGGCCGCCCGCCUGGCCGCCCACCGCCGCCUGCUAGAGGAGACUCUGGCUCCGUUCCGGCUGGGCCACAGAGAGCUGGAGGCCGUGCAGGCGCAGAUGCGGGGGGCCAUGUCCCGGGGGCUCCAUGGGGAAGCCUCCUCCCUCCGCAUGCUGCCCACCUAUGUGCGUGCUACACCGGACGGCAGCGAGCGUGGGGACUUCCUGGCCCUGGACCUGGGGGGCACCAACUUCCGGGUCCUGCUGGUGCGCGUGGCGGCCCAGGGCGUGCGCAUCACCAACCAGGUCUACUCCAUCCCCGAGGGUGUGACCCAGGGCUCCGGGCAGCAGCUCUUCGACCACAUCGUGGACUGCAUUGUGGACUUCCAGAGGAAGCAGGGCCUGAGUGGGCAGAGUCUGCCCCUGGGCUUCACCUUCUCCUUCCCCUGCCAGCAGCUGGGCCUGGACCAGGGCAUCCUCCUGAACUGGACCAAGGGCUUCAAAGCCUCUGACUGUGAGGGCCAGGACGUGGUGAAGCUGCUGCGGGAAGCCAUCCACCGCAGACAGGCAGCCAAGCUGAAUGUGGUUGCCAUUGUCAAUGACACGGUGGGGACCAUGAUGUCCUGUGGCUACGAGGACUCCCGCUGCGAGGUCGGCCUUAUCGUCGGAACGGGCACCAACGCCUGCUACAUGGAGGAGCUGCGGAACGUGGCGGCCGUGGCCGGAGACUCAGGCCACAUGUGCAUCAACAUGGAGUGGGGCGCCUUCGGGGAUGAUGGCUCUCUGGAUGCUCUCAGCACCUCCUUUGAUGCCAGUGUGGACCAGGCUUCCAUCAACCCUGGGAAGCAGAGGUUUGAGAAGAUGAUCAGUGGCAUGUACCUGGGCGAGAUCGUGCGCCACAUCCUCCUGCACCUGACCCAGCUAGGCGUGCUCUUCCGGGGUCAGCAGACACAGAGCCUCCAGGCCAGGGACAUCUUCAAGACCAAAUUCCUUUCAGAGAUUGAAAGCGACAGCCUGGCCCUGAGGCAGGUCCGGGCUAUCCUGGAGGACCUGGGGCUGCCGUUGACUUCGGAUGAUGCGCUGAUGGUCCUGGAGGUCUGCCAGGCAGUGUCCCAGCGGGCAGCCCGGCUGUGUGGGGCAGGGGUGGCGGCCGUGGUGGAGAAGAUCCGGGAGAACCGGGGCUUGGAGGAGCUCAGCGUGUCAGUGGGGGUGGACGGGACCCUCUACAAGCUGCACCCACACUUCUCCAGCCUGGUGGCGGCCACCGUGCGGGAGCUGGCCCCUCGCUGCACUGUCACCUUCCUGCAGUCAGAGGACGGCUCUGGCAAAGGCGCAGCCCUGGUCACUGCGGUCGCCUGCCGCCUGGCCCAGAGCACCCGAGUCUGAAGAAACCCCCGGCACCAGCUUCGAGUGCCCAGGCCCCCGGAGCCACUCGGAGCA